AUGGGCUCCUUACCUGCUUCACGAGUCCAGCCUGCCAGGGCCUUCCUUCGCAGUGGGGUCGACUAUGCUGGCCCAAUCACCCUCUGCAUGUCAAAGGGUCGCGGCCAGAAGACGGUCAAGGGCUACAUCGCCGUGUUCGUCUGCCUCUGCACCAAAGCUGUCCACCUGGAGCCAGUGUCCGACCUGUCUGCGUCCGCGUUUAUUGCGGCCUUCCGACGGGAGGUUGCUGAGCUAAUCGCCAACGAAGGAACGAAUUGGGAUUUUAUUCCACCCUACUCACCUCACUUUGGCGGCCUGUGGGAGGCGGCGGUGAAAUCCGCGAAGAGGCAUCUUCUUCGGUCAGUAGAGGGUCACAGGCUGACCUUCGAAGAACUGACAACAUUAUUGUGCCAGGUGGAAGCGUGUUUAAAUUCACGACCGUUAUCACCACUCACGGACGACCCCAAAGACUUCUCCGCACUAACACCGAAUCACCUCAUUACGGGUCACUCACUGUCGGCGAUUCCGGAAUCACCGGAAAAUUUAAAUUUCGACGGAGGACACAAAAG